AUGCGCGACGAUUAUACUCAAAACGACCCUGGCGGCUUCCAAUCAAGUCAUGUGUUGCACAGUAAGACAGCAGUGGGCAGUGCAUACCCGCCUGCCUACGGAGAGUGGAGCGGAGAAGCUACAAAUACAUACUCCAGAUGGGACCCCCGGGAAUGGUCCUUGAAGAAGAAGAUUUUCCUAGCGGCCGGCAUCGUGGUGGUAAUCGUGGCUGUUGUCGUUGGCUCUGUCCUAGGAGUGCGAGCCAAUCGGUACCCCAAUUACUCGAAACUGGAUUACAGCUUGAAAGACGAAUUUUCGGGAUCGACCUUCUUCGACAACUUCGAAUAUUUUACCGCCACCGACCCAACCAAUGGAUUUGUCCAGUAUAUCGACCGAGCUGCAUCCGAAUGGCUUAAUCUAACAUACGCCUCGGACACCUCCGCGGUGCUCAAGGUGGACACGACAUACAGUGGAUCGGAGGCUGCUAAUGGGCGCCAAUCUGUACGAGUCACAUCUAACAAUACCUAUGCUGAUGGGCUUUUCAUCUUUGACAUUAUCCACACCCCGUACGGAUGUGGAACAUGGCCAGCCUUGUGGCUGACAGACCCCAGCAACUGGCCCGAGCACGGAGAGAUCGAUGUAGUGGAAGCUACCAACGCUGGUACUUUUGGAAGCCAAUCGACGCUUCACACGUCGAAAGGCUGCACCAUGGGCGUUAAACGGAAAGAAAGUGGCACUGUGGAUAACGAGAACUGUUACUACGAGGCGAAUGACUAUGCGGGCUGCGGCGUGAAAGGCGCUUCGAGUACUUAUGGUCCCGAGUUUAACAGCAAUGGUGGCGGAGUCUACGCGAUGGAGCUCCGUGACGCUGGUAUUCGCGUCUGGCAAUGGGUCCGCUCUAAGAUCCCGUCCGAUAUCACCUCGGGCAGUCCCGACCCAUCCACCUGGGGCAAAGCACUUGCGGACUUCCCCAGCACGGAUUGCAACAUCGGUUCUCAUUUCAAGAACCAGAGUAUCAUCAUCAAUAUCUCUUUGUGUGGUGACUUGGCGGGCGCGACCAAAUACUACACGACACAAAGUAGUUGCCCUGGCAACUGCACGACAUUUGUGCGGGAUAAUGCGACUAGUUUCGACACUGCGUACUGGGAGUUUGGCGGCUUUAAGGUCUAUCAAACCUCGUGA